AUGCACGUCAGUGCGUGCACAAGCGGACUUGGAGGGGGUGGCAUGCACGUCGGUCGGAGCUUCUACAUGGAUGGUGGAACCAUGCGCUUCGAAGAUUGUGCGAGUAGAUGGAAGGGCGGGGGCCUUUCCCUCCAGUCCUCUCGCUGCAGCACCAGCUCUUGUAGCAUCACCCAAGCGAGCUUGGCCUUCCGCUCCUGUUCGUCCAGCUUCGGGGGAGGCUUGCAUGUGAAUGGCGCACUGGGCUUGAUGCAGUCCAAUGCGAGCUUCCUCAACUGCAGUGCCCAAAAAGAAGGAGGAGGGGUGUAUGUGCACAAAAGGUCUGAGCUCACAGCGCAAGCUGGCAGUCUUACAUUCAAGCAAUGCGAAGCCAGCAAGUACGGCGGUGGACUUCAUCAUGAAACCGAUGCAAAGGUCAGGCUCGACAAGAUUGAUGUCAUUUUUGACAAGUGCACUGCUGGCAAAGCUGGAGGUGGCUGGGACGGCACGGGAACGCUGACCCACAGCCGCGGCCGAAUGGAGUUUCAGUCCUGCAAAGCCUUCCGAGGCAUAGCCUUUGACACCACGCUAGGUGCUGAUCUUGACCACGUCAAGAUUGAGAUGUGCAUUGGUGUGGUUGGAGACAUCUUAAGUUCCAAGGGCACAGUGGCAAUUCAGCAUUUGACGUUCUUGUAUGGUGGACCCUCUUCUGGCUUCCAUGGCGAGGUGAUGGCGCAGAAUAUUUCCAUAUCAGAAGUGGACUGCGUGGCAGUUCACGAGUGCGUGCUGCAUGCUAAUACCAUACAGGUGCCCACUCUUGUUUGCCCCCCUGGGCGGGAGGUAAGGUCCUUGCGAAGGCUCACGACAGAGCUUUCGUGCAGACUGUGUGAGCCUGGGUCAUUCCAGCCGCUGCCAUGGCGGAACCCACGUUGUUUGCCCUGUCCAGAGGCGGCGCUUACGUGUGACGCUGCGUCUGUGACGAUGCAGGCGGGCUACAUGCUCACCGUCCCGAACCUGUCUUCUGUCGCCAACUUCCGGGAACUUGAUGCGGUCAACCGCACCUACUUCUGCCCAAACGAAGCGACCUGUCCAGGAGGACGCCUGGCCUACGAGAAUCAGACAGCGAUGUGUUCCCUUGGGGCCACCGGACCCUCAUGUUAA